CAGGAAGAUGUCGAAUGAACUUGAGUGAGUAAACCGGUGGAUGCCUGGCGCUCUCCGAGCGUGGAGGCUGGAUGGGAUUUCCAGAAGGGGAGCGAGCAGGGAGGCCGCCGGCGCCAGGAUUCACAGAGCAAUUUGUAAGCUUUCAGGUCUGUGCGGCUGCUAAAGAACGACCCAGUCAACUUCCAGAAGUUCCCCUACACUAACGAAGACGAGGCCUGGAAGACCUACCUGGAAAACCCCUUGACGGCCGCCACCAAGGCCAUGAUGAGAGUCAAUGGGGAUGAUGACAGCGUUGCAGCCCUGAGCUUCCUCUAUGAUUACUACAUGGGUCCCAAGGAGAAGCGGAUACUGUCCUCCACCAACGGGGGCCGGAACGACCAAGGAAAGAGGUACUACCACGGCAUGGACUAUGACAUGGACCUCACCCCCCUGGAAAGUCCCACGCACCUCAUGAAGUUCCUGACAGAGAACGUGUCUGGGACGCCAGAGUACCCAGACGUGCUCAAGAAGAAUAACCUGAUGAGCUUGGAGGUGGCCAUGCCCUCCCCGGGCAAGGCAGCUGCCCUCCCCGCAGGCCCCAGCAAGCUGGAAGCUGGCGCUGUGGACAGCUACCUGUUGCCCACCAGUGACGUGUACGAUAACGGCUCCCUCAACUCCUUGUUCGACAGCAUCCAUGGGGUGCCACCCACACAGCGCUGGCAGCCAGACAGUACCUUCAAGGAUGACCCGCAGGAGUCGCUGCUCUUCCCAGAUAUCCUGAAAACGUCCCCGGAGCCUCCAUGUCCAGAGGACUACCCUAGCCCCAAGAGUGACUUCGAGUACACCCUGGGCUCCCCCAAAGCCAUCCACAUCAAGUCAGGCGAGUCGCCCAUGGCCUACCUCAACAAGGGCCAGUUCUACCCCAUCACCCUGCGCACCCCCGCCGGCGGCAAGGGCCUCGCCUUGUCCUCCAACAAAGUCAAGAGCGUGGUGAUGGUUGUCUUUGACAACGAGAAGGUCCCGGUAGAGCAGCUGCGGUUCUGGAAGCACUGGCAUUCCCGGCAGCCCACAGCCAAGCAGCGGGUCAUCGACGUGGCGGACUGCAAAGAGAACUUCAACACCGUGCAGCACAUUGAGGAGGUGGCCUACAAUGCACUGUCCUUCGUGUGGAAUGUCAACGAGGAAGCCAAGGUGUUCAUCGGCGUCAACUGCCUCAGCACAGACUUCUCGUCGCAGAAGGGGGUAAAGGGUGUCCCCCUGAACCUGCAGAUUGACACCUAUGACUGUGGCUCCGCCACAGAGCGCCUGGUGCACCGCGCCGUCUGCCAGAUCAAGAUCUUCUGUGACAAGGGAGCAGAGAGGAAGAUGCGGGAUGAUGAGCGGAAGCAGUUCCGGAGGAAAGUCAAGUGCCCGGACACCAGCAACAACGGCAUCAAGGGCUGUCUGCUGUCCGGCUUCCGGGGCAAUGAGAUCACCUACCUGCGGCCCGAAGCUGACCUGGAGACCCCGCCAGUGCUGUUCAUCCCCAACGUGCACUUCUCUGGCCUGCAGCGUCCCGGAGGGGCAGUGCCCUCAGCAGGACAGGGCGGCUCCAACAGGCUGCCGCUGAAGCGUGCCGGCUUGCCCUUUGCUGAGGAGCUGGAGCCGCUGCCCUCCAAACAGGCCAAGGAAGACGACCUGCAGAGAGUCCUGUUGUACGUGCGGAGGGAGACCGAGGAGGUGUUUGACGCCCUCAUGCUGAAGACCCCGGACCUGAAGGGGCUGAGGAACGCGAAUCUUGGUCAACAUGGACAACAACAUCAUCCAGCACUACAGCAACCACGUCGCCUUCCUGCUGGACAUGGGGGAGCACGAUGGCAAGAUCCAGAUCACCCUGAAGGAGCUGUGAGGGCGGGCGCGCUCCAGGCCAGGAGCCGCCGCCAGGGCCCACGCCGCACACAACCUCUCCGCACGCCUCAGCGCCGUUACUUGAACACCUUCCCAGAGGGAAGGGGCCCGAGCCACCGCCGUCAGGGCCAGGACGGGACCGGGAGGUGUCCUGACCCGAGCCCCACUCAUGCUUGAAUCCACUCUGAGCGCCUGCCUCAGCCGGACAGCGCCGCCCUGGUUAACGCCCGGCAGACUGUGUCCUCCUCCAGGCUGCUCUGCAGGCCGCCCGCCCGUCCCGGUGCAGGCCUCUCCCCAAGCCAGCCUGACCGCUGUCCUCUCCCAUCCCUGGCCGUCCCAUCGACCUCAGACCAAGGAUCUCUUACCCUGGGGUCACGUCACUUGGACACUCUUGAUUUUCAGUGCAAAUGGCUUUGAAAAGACACUGUGGUGGACACGCCCUCUCUCUCAUGGACUUCCUCCGUGCCCGAUGUAAAUAAUAGAGCUGAUCGGCCAGAACAAGUGGCUGCUCCAUACACGACCGACCACCCUGCUCGCUGUUGUACACAUUUCUCACUUACCGUUCGCAUUUAUGUUAUAAAUAUAUUAAGUAUAUAUUGUGUAUAUAUGCAACAUUUUAUAUUUUCACGAAUACAUUUUUAUCAUUUCAAAAAAUGUGUAUUGCACAUUUCUUGGACUUAUUUUUUUAGCUGUUAUUCAAUUAUGCAUUUUGUAUACUCGUUUAGUAUUUAGUAAUAAAAGUCUGCCUCUGUAUUACUUCAAA